AUGCCACUCAGCAACCACCAUGCUUGUAUGCUGGCUAGCAAGCACGACAAUAGGGAUUUGAGUUUAAAAACCACCAUGCCUCUUGCAUCUCCCUUAGAAAACGCUGCUGUUAUAGCGGCGGCGAAAGUCAGGUCAAAAAUCUCGAAACCAACCCACGAUCGAUAUUCCUGGCUAUUCAUUUCUCCGGUCUGCAAGGAGGACGUUAAACCUGUCGUGGAAUCCUGGCUCUCAAACAAAGAUAUCCUUGAGGAUGUCUCCAAUGCGACGGGAAUAUCGUUUGGCGCUGAGCCGUGGCGCAAAGUUAGCGACUACUACCCGAUAGUUUGGACUCGCAAGACCGGUACGCUCGAAUCACCGUUUCCAGGGAAGGUUCUGGUGAUUAUUGGCUUGGAAUACGUGGAUGAAAAUAAUGGGCUUCCCAGACUGGCUGCGAAGGCUGCAUUAUACCCCGGGGAAUAUGUCUUGAUACCAGGAGCUGAAAACAUACAAUUAAGUAAUGGAGGAGGUGGUGUUUCAUUAUUUGUUCUGUUGAAUAUGCCAUGA